CCCACGUGCACAGACUUUCGGGCCGAGCCCUGAUCAGAACACCUAAGUAUGCCCAACAGAUCACAGCAGACAUGUAAAUCCAUUGUGAUAUCUACCUUAACAUGUCUGUGCACAGCUCCGGCAAACCCUUAUUGGGCGAGCGGCCAUCGUAUAGUCCACCGCCGCUCGAUACAGACCGCACUUUCAUGAGCCUCAGCCCUCCUCCUCUGGACGGUUAUCGCUGGCGUGACAGACCGGCAACGCCUGCUCCGGCGCACUACCUGGACCCCCAGCAUUCUCGGCCGCACUAUCAUCCUCGGCAACAGUCUCUUUCUCAUCUCUUGCCCGAUGAGGAUUCGGGUACACCGCUGGAGUACCGUGAGAGUCGAGAGGCGGCCAUAGCACGACAUCGGGAUAGCGCAGGGAAAGGGCUGACGCGUCUCAAGUUUUUUCUGAGGACUAAUUUCGUAAUUCGACAUCUAGUCCUUAUAUUCAGCUUCAUCGCUCUCUACUACCAAUGCCGCACCAUGCAUGUGUAUCUAUCGACGUCUUAUUCGCCUGACUGGCCCGAAAACGUUACCACAUGGCCAACGUGGAUUGCUAUCGCUUCAACAUGUCUCGUAGUUCUUCUCUCCGGUCUCGGGCUGUGCUUGUACUGUUGCACGCCCUUAGAGUCGGUCUACAGCGGGUUUAGAUAUAUCGAGAAGAUUUUGAAUGUCAUAGUUGGGGCGAUUUUAGUGAUUUUGGCGUCUGCCCUCUCAUACGCCAAGUAUCGCAGUCCAAACAGCAUUUUUCCAUUUGCAUGCAAUGCAACUCAAGAUGACAAUCAAAUCAACUUCAAGAACACGUGUACAAUGGGGGAUCACUCGCUCAACUGUGUCUACUUCGUAGCGUGCAUCAGCAUGUUGGCCAUGGUAAUCAAUGCCAUUGACGCAUGCACAAAUGUUGGUGAGCAUGGUGGGAGCAACAGGAAUACGCUGUACUUCUGUGGAAUGGGAGACAGUGGCGGUGACGUGUGUUUUGCCUGUAUAGCAGGGUGCUGUCAGAUCGCAGGAAGCUGUCAGUGCUGUUGAUCGACGCGUUAUGGAUUUAGAGUUAGGGAUGGAUCUCCCUUAAGAUUCCCACGCCCGACCAGGCUUCAUGCAGGCUCAUCACGUGCGGGCCUCGAUCAACAACCUCCAGCGUGCCCAAGUCCAAGUCCAA